AAUAAGUAUUAUUAAAACUGAAUAUUAUGCUGUGAAGUACAAUAGACUAGUUUUGUUUAAAUAACCUCUUUAUUAUUUAAAUAAAUGAUAGUUUAUUUCUAUUAACUUAGUUGUAAGGACAACUACGAUCAUAACAAUAACGAUAAUGACAAUUCAAAACUUGUUCCUUUUCUUGGUGUUGGUGUUCCUGCUUCCUUGGCCCGUAACGAACACUUUAUCCUUUUUUCGCCCGUUGAAGCUGCUAAAACCAUAUCAUGUACUCGCAUGCUUCGUGACUACCAACGAAAGCAGAGCUUAAAUAAAUGGUGCUUCAAGUCCGUAUACUUUGUGAAUAAACAUUUUCACACACCAUUGCCUUUAGAAUUGCACCUUGAUUUCGACGGAUAUGUAUUUAUUGCGUCAAAGUUUCUUUAUUUGACAGCAACUCAGGCGAUUUCGAUGGAGGAAGUAGUUUCUUUGAGGAGGUCUUUACACUUGCUGAAAUAUUGGAAAGAUUUAGGAUUUGAAGAGGCCCCCACCUCAGAGCAAGUUAUUUCCAAAAUCGAAGAAAACAGGGCCACAAAAAAAUGUAAAAAACUGUCUGAAUCAAAAUGUAUGUUUUGAGUACAAAAGACAAGGAAAGAGAAAACAGAAAAGACAAGUCUGUGAAGACUCGGUAUAGUUUAUUGAAUGAAAAAUAAUACAAAAACUGUACAAGAAGAAAAUAAUAUGGAAAAAUGAUAAGGGCUAUUUAUAUGUUUUGCCAG